ACUACUAUCCGACAAUCAGUUCACAGGAGCCAUCCCCAGCAACUUCAAUCGCCUCACUUGGAUGACUAGUCUAAACAUUUCUUUCAGCAAAUUGAGCUCAGGCCUUGACGUGGUGGCUCAGAUGACAUGGCUCAACGACAUAUCGAUCAAUGACAACAACUUCUCUGGUGUGCUUCCGGCGUCCUUCUCAGCAAUCAGUAAUCUCUUCUACCUGAAUGCUGGAAACAACCACUUCACAGGAACCUUCCCGGAUUUUAUUCUGCGCCGCAAGGGCCUUCCUUACCUGAACUUGGGCAACAACAGGUUCACAGGGACUAUCCCCCGCGAAUUGACCGAGUUUGUCGACCUAGGUCACAUAAUGCUCAAUAGCAACAAUUUCCAUGGAACUUUCCCAUGGGGCCUCCUUGAGCUACCCGGUUUAUCCUGGCUGGAUGUAUCUAACAACUCUCUUUCUGGGGAACUCCCACGUACUCUCAGGGUCCCAACUUUUCUGAACAUGCUAAACCUGGGAGGAAAUGACUUCACGGGCUCCUUACCAGACUUCUCACGCUGGAACGUCAGCUGUGACGAGAUAAAUCUCAGCGGCAACAACUUCACAGGGUCGAUUCCCGACUCCAUCUCCACCCUCACCACCCUCGAUGGCAUUUUUCUCAACAACAACCAGCUGACUGGCACCAUCCCUUCAGCCAUCUUCACCAUGACGAAAUUGGCGUACAUCUACUUGGCCAACAACCAUCUCACUGGCAGUCUGCCAGCUGCCAUCAGCCAACUGAAGAAUCUUGAACAGAUCUGGUUGGACAACAACAAGAUUGAAGGCCCUCUGCCAGCUGGCAUUUGCUCGCUGCCCUGGCUGUGGCGCCUUGUGUGCUGUGCUGCUGGCAGCUUCAUAAGCAACAACUCCCUCUAUGGACCCCUUCCAGACUGCCUCUUUGACAAGUGUAUCACACAAAUUGAUGUGAGCGGCAACAGCCUGUAUGGGCGCAUCAACCGCGACUUCAAGAACAUGGUGACGACCAUGGGUGCCCCCGCCCGCGACUUUGAGUACAUAGCGGCGGAUGACAGUCCCAUUGUUAACUUGGCUCACAACUUCUUCUUUGGAGAUGGGGUGCUCUUUGCUCUCGGCUGCAAGGUCUGCCCCACUGAGAUCAACAAGCCCAACAACCUGGGCAUAAGGGACAGCUUUGCAUGGCGAGAGCUUGGUGGCAAGUGCGACUUUCUUGCUCCAAAUAUGCCGGCGAGGGUGAGUCUGUCGGGCAACUGCCUGACCCUCACCCCGAACAACCAGUGCUCAUCCAACGCCACCCAGCGCAGCACGGCAGCCUGCCAGGCGUUCUGCAGCAUCACGGACAACGGCCCGUGCGACGGCCAUGGGGCGUGUGUGCCGGCUGACCCUGCCUCCCCCUCCAACUUCACGUGCCUCUGCGAUGCGGGGUACACCACAGUCGACUCGGGCAACGGUUCCUCCACAUGUGCCAUCGUCCACUCCACCACCAACACCACCACUGUGUCGUCUCUGUCGACGGGUGCCAUAGUGGGCAUUGUUCUGGGCAGCUUUGCUGGCUUCACGCUGUUGGCUUCUGUGGUCGCAUGGCUGCUGUGGCCCCGCGGACAGAAGAAGUGGGAGGGGUUGGACGUGUGUGAGCAGUACACGCUGCAGCAGAUGCUGACUGCCACCAGCAACUGGUCGGAGGAGAAUGUGCUGGGCAAGGGCGGCUUCGGCAUUGUCUACAAAGGCCGCUCGCCACAGGGCCAGCUGUGGGCCAUCAAGCGAUCCACCAUCAUGACCAACGACUUUGAAACGGAG